AUGGUUUCAAGAAAUUAUAGGCCUAGUAUAGAAAAGUCUAGUAUUGAUUUGAAUCGCGAAACAUCGUCAACAUCUAUCUCUGAAACCCAACCUGAACAUUGUGCUGAAGGGUUGGAAAAUAUUAUUCUACACAAUGAAGAUGAAUCAAGGCAUAAAGGUAAAGUCAAAUGGAGCAAGGAAGCAACUAUACUUCUUAUAAGUGGAUGGCUUAAUACAUCUAAGGAUGCCAUUGUGGGGAAUGACCAAACUUCUACACAUUUCUGGGCUCGAAUCGCAGAUUACUUCAACACCAACCAAAAAGGUGAGCAAGCAAGGACUGGAAGGCAAUGCAAAUACCAUUGGAACAAGAUGAAUCAAAAGGUGGCGCAAUUCAAUGGAUGUUAUAAACGAGUUCAAUUAGCACAUCAUAGUGGUUGGUCUGAUGAGAAAUUUUUUUGA